AUGUAUCCAUAUUUUCUCGGACGCAUCCGAUUUUGGUACGGGGGCUAUUUUGUAUCUGCCAAACCAACCCACUCUGUCCACUUGGGCUCAGCUCCCAGUGAGCUCAGCGACACUUCUUCUACUGCCCGGAGCUGGCGGCUAGAUUUCUUCCCUUCCAAGAGUGCAUUUGGUUGUGAUAGUCAAUGUGCAGUAAGCAUCUUGAAGAAAGCGAGUCUCAAACCUAACUUGCGAUCGCUAGCACGUCAGGUCUGGGACUUGUGUGAAAUUCUGCGCGCCCAAAUGGAAUUCGGCUGGAUUCCUAGAUCCCUCAAUGUGGAGGCGGACACAGAGUUUUGUAGAUCUCGACGAUUAGAGGAUAUCGGACGCCAUUUUCACAGAGCUCGAAAAACUUGGACAUGUUCUCCAGCCCAACAUCAGCGAAAUGUGAAAAGUUCAUUUCCAGAUUGGCAAGUGAUAAAGCAUGCUGCUUCGACGCCUUCUCGACAGCGGCCUCCGCCUGGUGGAGCAACAACCUAUUGGUGGGUUCCCCAUCCUCAUCUUAUCCCUAGCACUUUACCCUGGGCAAAACUUCAUCUGAGUAGGGGAAUUUUGGGCUUUCCUGUAUGGCCGUCUCAUUUGUCCUUCCCACUGCUGGUUAACGAGGGAUGGAUUCCGGAAAUUUUGGAGGUAAUCGUCUUUCCUGCAGGGACAAAAGUGUUACAAGAUCUUCCCCUUGGAGAUCGUCACGUAGCAGCCGAGUCGACGGCGAUGUCAGCUAACCACGGUCCUGCGGCGGUAGCCGAGAUCAUACAGGCCUCUAAAGGCCAUUCCAUAUCGCCGGGAACGCCUUAA